AUGACCGAACAAGACCGAGACCAAGCCCAAGAGCACACCCGCUCCGCCCUCAUCCUGUACGGCACCGAGACGGGCACCUCGCAGGACUUGGCCGAAGAAGUCGGCCGCACCCUUGAGAGACUCCAUUUCGAAACCACGGUCCUGGGCCUCGACGCCGUCCCCUACACCCACCUCCGCCUCUACAGCUUCACGGUCUUCGUCGUUGCAACCACAGGACAGGGCGAUUUCCCUGGCAAUGCCCGCCUCUUCUGGACCAGUCUGCUACGGAGGAAGCUAAGCCCCUCCACGCUACAGGAUGUGCGGUAUGCCCUCGUCGGGGUGGGCGACAGCUCGUACCCCAAGUUCAACUUCGCGGCGCGGAAGCUGGACAAGAGGCUCAGGCAGCUGGGGGGCGCGGAGAUGCUUCCGCCGUGUGAAGCUGAUGAGCAGGGCGACGAAGGUACCGAAGGGGCGUUCUUGGCGUGGUUAGCCCUGCUGCGGGAGGAGGUGUUGGCGAUGUUCCCACUGGGGGAGGGACAGGAGCCUAUCCCGGAGGAUGUCGUGUUACCGGGAAAAUGGCGGCUCGAGGUCGUGCCGCGGGACGGAGAGCGGGAUGGCGGUCGCGCAGGGAGGACCACUUCUCCGGAGAGAGAUGUGAACGCGAACGUGAACGUGAACGGGACCGCUUCCCAUGCACACCACCCAGCGGAGGAUUCCUUCCCCGUGGUGCUGGAUGUCAACAGAAGAGUCACUCCGCCGGAACACUGGCAGGACGUGCGGUUCAUGAGCCUUCGAACGUCACGCAAGAUCGACUACCUCCCCGGCGACGCAUUGGCCAUUUCGCCCCGAAACGUGCCCUCGGACGUGGACGGCCUGAUCGCACGCAUGAACUGGCAGCACGUCGCCGACAAAAGUAUUCGGCUAGUUCCCACGCGCUCGCACUCACCCAGUCUCGCGUCGACCCUACUGUCUGCGAACCCGAUCUUCGCACGUGGGGAUCUCACCCUCCGAACCCUCCUCACCGAGUAUUUAGACAUCAACGCCAUCCCGCGCCGCUCUUUCCUGGGCAGUAUCGCGCACCACACGUCCGACAGCAUGCACCGGGACCGACUCCUCGAGUUCACGGACCCGCAGUAUCUAGACGAAUACUACGACUACGCAACGCGGCCGCGGCGCAGCAUCCUGGAGAUCCUGCAGGAGUUCGACAGCGUGCACAUUCCCUGGGAGGAAGCCACGAACAUAUUCCCGCCCAUGCGUCCCCGGCAAUUCAGCAUCGCGAGCGGCGGCCGCCUCAAGGUUGUGGAGAAGGACGAGGACGGGGACAAGGACGACGGAGUCACAAAGUUCGAACUACUGGUCGCCAUCGUCAAGUACAAGACCGUGAUCAAACGCGUGCGCGAGGGCGUGUGCUCGCGAUACUUGGCCCAACUUCCCGUCGGGACAACACUGCACGUCUCUGUCAAGAGAGAAGGGCGCUUCUCCAAAGCAAGCGACCCGCCUCCUGCUGGCAUGAGCCAUAUCUUGAUCGGCGCGGGCACGGGCAUCGCUCCGCUUCGAGCGCUCAUCCACGAGAAAAUCACUCAACAACAACGACAAAGGGGGAAAACGGUGCUUUUUUUCGGCUGUCGCAAUGAGACGGCAGACUACUUCUUCCGCGAUGAGUGGGCCGCAAUAUCCAGCGAGCAUCCCGAUGCCCUAGAGGUAAUUCCCGCCUUUUCAAGGGACCAGAAAUCAAAGGUGUACGUGCAAGAUCGGCUUCGGCAGAGAAGUGAUAUCAUCGCGGAAUACCUGAUGGAGAGGAAUGCCACCAUCAUCGUCUGCGGAUCGUCUGGUCAGAUGCCCAAGGCCGUGAGACAGGCACUGGUCGAUGCAUUAGUAGAACACGCGCAGAAGAGUCACGAGCAUAGAGCCCUCAUUUCGAAUACGGAAGACGCCAACGUAUAUCUAGCAAGGCUCGAAAAGGAGAACAGGUACAAGCAAGAGACCUGGUCGUAG